GGCUCCCCACGCGGCCGAGCGGCGCUGCCAGGGCCCCCUCUUCUGCUCCGUCCUCUCAUCUUGUGGCUUAAAAACGGGCUAGGUGGGGAAGGGGAUUCUUAGCUGGGGGUGGCACUGCUGCUGGCCGCUCAGGACUCGCUCCCGGUCCAUCUCUCCCUGCCCUGAACUUCGCAGGUGAAGCUCAGCUUAACGAACCGUCACCCCGAAGCGCCGGUUGAUGUUCCUGGCUUCCAUCUUCCCUCCAAGACAAAGUGCCCAGGGAAUGAGAAGAUCCCUUUGGCGGGCGAAGGGGAAGAGGCAACGGAUCCUGCGGUGCUCAGAGACGCUGAGUUUUCUUCUUUCCUGUUCUGGAGGAACCCUCUGCCUAGCAUAGAGGAGGACCUGCAGGACCUGUUGGCACCGUGCACCAUGGAUCCUGCCCAGCCGCUCUGUCCUUCGCAGAAAGCAAGCUCUCUCCUGUUGGAGACGGGGGACCCCGAAGGCCAGGACAGCAACGAGGAGGACAGCGGGAAGGAAGAAGGCUGGAUCACACCUGCCAACAUUGGGCAGAUCCAGCAGAAUGCUUGCUGGGGGGAUGAGCCCGCCGGGGUGCAGGUUGGCUGCGUCACCACCGACUUUGCUAUGCAGAACGUUUUGCUGCAGAUGGGGCUACACGUGCUGGCGUUGAAUGGUCUGCUGAUCCGGCACACCCGCAACUACAUCCUGCGCUGCCACGGCUGCUUCAGGACAACGUCAAAAAUGACCCGGCUUUUCUGCCCCCACUGUGGGAACAAGACGCUGAAGAAAGUGGCUGUGACUGUGGAGGACGACGGGAGCUUCCGCUUGCACCUUUCCCAGAACCCCAAAGUCCUGAACCCGCGCGGCCUCCGGUACUCUCUGCCGGCUCCACGAGGGGGCAAGCAUGCCAGCAGCCCCCACCUGACGGAGGACCAGCGCUUCCCCCAGCAGCGGCUCUCCCGCAAGGCCAGGCAGAAGACCGACGCCUUUGACCCAGAUUACGUGGCUGGAGUUUCUCCCUUUGCAGAACACGAUAUCCACAGCCGGGCAGCCAAUCUGCAGAUCCGGGAUGCGGCGCUGGGUGCGGGCAGGAGACGCCUGAACCCAAACACAAGUCGCAAGAAGUUUCUGAAAAACAAGUGAGGGAAGGGAAGCUGGACUGGGCCCCUUGGCCGUGGGUAGAAGGGCUGUUCCUCCAGGCACAUGUGAGGCAACCCGUCAAGGACUGCAGGGAAAGCAGC